CGUCGCCAGGAUGAAGACCACCCUCACCCUCCCCUCGGCCGUCUUUGCUGCGCUGUACUACGCCACGCGCGGCGCAGCCACCCCAUUCCCGCCUGGCGCCGCCGCCCUCCUCCCCGACACCUUCGAGCUGUCGCCCCUUAUCUCGCCCCCGCCGCCGACCUCGGACUAUGACGCCGUCGCCCACACCAACUCGCACAUCGUCCGCGACUCGUACAUCAUCGUCCUCGACGACUCGCUCGAGGACCACGAGGUCGACCGGCACCACGCCCACGUCGAGUCGCUCCACCGCGCCGACCAGCGCCUGCGCAGCCUCAAGGCCCAGGGCGCGCACGACGGCGUCAAGCACAAGUUCCACGUCGGCGGCAAGAAGAGCCGCCGUCACCGCGCCCACAAGCAGCGCAAGAACGAGCUCAAGGGCUACGCCGGCUCGUUCUCCGAGUCGACCGUCGACGCCAUCCGCGCCAUGAAGGGCGUCAAGUACGUCGAGCGCGACUCGAUCGUCCACGCCUCGGACGUCGAGAAGGGUGCGCCCUGGGGUCUCGCCCGCAUCUCGCACCGCAACACGCUCUCGUUCGGCACCUUCAACCGUUACGAGUACGAGUCGCAGGCCGGCGAGGGCGUCGACGUCUACGUGAUCGACACCGGCGUCAACACCAAGCACAUCGAGCUCGAGGGUCGCGCCAAGUGGGGCAAGACGAUCCCGACCGACCCGGACGAGGACCUCAACGGCCACGGCUCGCACGUCGCCGGCACGAUCGCGUCCAAGACGUACGGCGUCGCCAAGAAGGCGACCGUGUACGCCGUCAAAGUCCUCGGCGCCGGCGGGUCCGGCACGAUGGCCGACGUCGUCGCCGGCGUCGCGUGGGCCGCCGACCAGGCCGCCGCCAACGCCGACCUCAAGGCGCAGGGCAAGAACCCCAAGCACAAGGGCUCGGUCGCCAACAUGUCGCUCGGCGGCGGCAAGAGCCAGGCGCUCGACGACGCCGUCAACGCCGCCGUCGACGACGGCCUCCACUUUGCGGUCGCUGCCGGUAACGACAACCGCGACGCUUGCGGCUACUCGCCCGCCGCCGCCGAGGGCGCCAUCACGGUCGGCGCGUCGACCAUCGCCGACGAGCGCGCCUACUUCUCGAACCACGGCAAGUGCGUCGACAUCUUUGCGCCGGGCCUCAACAUCCUGUCGAUCUGGAACUCGGGCAACCGCUCGGUCAACACCAUCUCGGGCACCUCGAUGGCCUCGCCGCAUAUUGCCGGUCUCGCCGCCUACAUGCUCGGUACCGAGUGGGCCAAGUCGGCUGCGCUCGAGGAGGCUCUCGCUCUCGAGAUGCAGCGCGAGCCGACGUUCGCUCAGGCGAUCGGCCAGUUUGCGUUCGGCAAGGCGGGCGGCCUCGUCGGCAAGCCCGAGAACCACAUCCUGUCGCCCAAGGCGCUCAAGAAGGCCAUGCUCAAGGUCGCGACCAAGGGCGUCCUCCACGACCUCCCUGCCGGCUCGCCCGACAUCCUCUCGUUCAACAACUACACGGCGCCGGCGUCGCACACGGCGCCCAAGCGCGGCAAGUGGCGCACCGAGGAGGCCGUCCGCGAGGUCGACGCCGUCGAGUCCUCCAUGGUCGAGGCCUACAUCGAGGAGCUCAAGGACGAGAUCGCGUCGCUCAAGCACGACCUCCUCGCCGAGGUGUCGGACCUCGUGCACGAGCUCCAGGACUCGGCCUAGAGCGCUCGCUCCUCGUCGGACCUCUCUCUCUCCCCUCCUCUCUGCACCUUCCGUCGGCAGUGCAAGUAUACCGCGCACCCUCAGGUAUUCCCUCCCCUCUUGCCCUAGCUCGUCCCCUUCUGCCUCGUCGUCGCCCCACCGUACAAACUCGCCACAAUGCCCUCUCGUCUGUCGUCGCUCCCCUCUUCGUUCCCUUCCCCUGUACUUUUGUAGCGCCUGUCCGGCCCCGUUGAAUCUGCAAGUCACUCGAGUCUGCAUGC